GAGCGCGCGAGGAGGGAGAAGAGGCCGGUGGGGGAGGGCGGCGAGGUGCGAGAGGCCUCCAGAGAGAAGAGGGCUCAGCAGACGACGAUCGACGAGAUGUACGACAAGGAGAAGUUGGCCGAGUUCCAUGACGCGUGGCUGAAGUGGAUCUACGCGAAGGGGUUGGCAUUCAACGCCUUUCGAGGUCCGGGGUUCGAGAGGGUUCGGCGGGCGGCACAGAGAUUACCGCGGACAGUUCAGUUCCGGUUUCCCUCGUACAGGGUCACAGUGGGCACUGGGAUCCCUUCGCAGAGGGGGAAGGUGGUGUCGAUGGUGAGCAAGGUGCGCUCUGCUUUCCGACACACCGGUGCCACCAUCCUCUCGGACGGGAGGACGUUGCGCAACGGCAAGCCGCUCGUGAACUUCCUCGCCGGGGGCGCCAACGGAUCCCUGCUGUACGCCACCGUCGCACGUGACGGGUCUGUCGGCGACACUGCGGAUAUCGUGUACCGUAGGUGGCGGGCCAUCAUCUUGUCCUUUCCUGCAAAGGACGUGAUCGGCUUCUGCAUGGACUCCGCCAGUAACUAUACGGCGGCGGCCCGCAGAUUCGCCACCGACCCCGACGCAGACAUCAGGAGGAUCACUUGGCUUCCUUGCUCCACAUACGUCUGCAACUUGAUGUUGUCAGACGUCGGGACGCGAGUGGCGUGGGUCAAGGAGACCAUCAUCCGUGCCCGAGCGUUAGUGCAAUUUAUUAAAUCGCAUAGCGCUGCGUUCGCCCUUUUCAGGAGGAUGAGCCCUCGUGUCACAAUGGUUGAGCCCGUUGAGACCCGAUUUGCAUCUGUUUUCCUGAUGCUGACGUGUCUCAAAGGCCGGGGGGACGCGUUAGAGAGCAUGCUGCACGGCGACGCGUGGGCUCGCAUCCCGUGGGAGCGCAGGCUUGUCUCCCAGGCACAGUCUGUUCAGCAGCAGAUCCACGACGGCGAGUUCUGGCGAUGCGUUGACUGUGCCAUCCACGUUAUGUCGCCCAUCCACCAACUGUUGAGGAGGAUGGAUAGAGAGGGGAUGAUGAUGUCCAUCGUUUACGAGUGGAGUCAGCAUCUUCUGGAGUUGAUGAGGAGGGUGGAUGUGCCGGCGGACAUGGUCGAGCCGUGCAUGCGAGUGGUUGCUGUCCGCAACCUCCACAUGCUCGAGCCCGCACAUGCUGCGGCACACCUCCUCAACCCUCGCCGUCGGUCCCUCCGAUAUUAUGAGUCGUUGCAGACGGCUACCGACAAGGCCCGUGUGGUCGAGGAGUGCGACACAUUCCUGCUCGCACAGACUGGCGGCGAUCCGGUCGGCAGACUGUACAGGACACAGGGUAGUGUCUACGUGUUGCCCUGGGUUAUGGGGACCGGUCAGGAGGAGACCGUGGGAGGGCAGGAGGACGACGAGGGGGACGUGGACCCCGAGGUGUGGGGAGCGCGACCUGCUGGCAGUUUCAACGAGCACGACAUCGAGCGCCAGGUCGUCGCUUUCCAUGCUUGUCGACCGUCCAGAGCCGACCCGGUUCAGGACGUGUUCAGCAAGAGGGCGGUGGAGCUGCGGCCGUGGCCGGAGCAGGAUGCGGACGGCGACACGUCGGACGACGAGUGGACGGACGAUGACGACACUCCCGUCAGCGGCGACGUGACGACGGAGCGGGUCUAUUUCACGUACAGUGGAGGACUUGACGGCAUGACUCCACACACAUCCGUCAUCACUGACGAUGUGUCGUCCGGUGGUCAGGCCAAUGGCACUGUCAGAGCCGGUGGUCGUCGUCGACGACUCCCGCGUGCCGACGUGCACGUGGAGGAGCAGGAGCCAGUCGGAGGCCUUCGGCAGAUGGGCAAACGUUGGGAGGUCAGGAGCGACAGCGAGCCGGAGGGGGCCGAGGAGGAGGAGGAGGUGCGCCUUCGGGAUCGUGUUGAGGGAGAUGAUGGCGGCGAGGACGAGAAGGGAGAUGGUGGCGGCGAGGUCGAGGACGAGGACGAGGAGGGGUCGGACCACAAUGACGACCACGGCGACGACGGUGGCGACGGCGACGAAGGCGGCGACCACGGCGAUGGUGGCGACGACGGCGACACCGGCGAUACGAAGGCGACGACGGCGGCGACGACAGCGACGACGGCGACCACGACGACGACCACGGCGAUGAGAGUAGGCUGGCUUUGCACCGACGAGAGGCGCCCUCCUGGACGGGGUAUUAGCCUCCGCCGUACAUUGUGGAUAGCCCUAGAUGGUCAGGUUCUUCGCUCAGCGGCAUUAGAGGGAGGGAGUCCGGGUCGGUUGAUGGCGGGUCGGGCCGCCGCGGUGACGGCGGCGGAUCUGCCGGAUCGAUGUCUUCGCCACCCGCACGAAGCACGGAGGGCGGCGCCGACGCGACUACCGCUGUGCGCCCGUUGCCAGUUCCCCGCCGCCUGUCGCAGGUGGUGUUGCUGGCGGAUGGGCAGCUCAUCGCUGGGUCUCGGACCGGAUGAGGGCGGAUUACGACGCCGAGAGGGCGCCUUCCCAGGACGUUUGUCACCUCGGUUUCAGUUUGCGGCCAGCAGCAAGGGUGGCUCCGGACGUCCGAGUGUUCACAUAGCAGGCCGCAUGCUUGGUUUGUCUCGAUCAGCGACGAGGAGAUUUUUUAUCCCACCGCCGAUUCCGGCCCGAGGGACAGCUGCGGACAUGCAGCAGGGUCAGCACUACACAUCUCACGAGGAGGGGUUGCUAAUGCGGAGUGGGAGUAGACGACAGAGCGCCAUCACGGAGGUUGAGGCUCGAAUCGCAGCAGAGCUCGCCGCUGGCCAGGCUGCAUUGGACGUGUUUCAGAGGCAGCAACAGACAAUUGCUGCAGCGGAGGCCGAGGACGAGGACGCGGACACAGAGUCCGAGCCGAUCGACAUUGCAGUCCGUAGACAUAGAGCGGCCGUGUCCGUGGCAGCCGCGGUAGCACAGGCGGCAUACAUCAGCGGUGCGCAGGGCACGGGUGGUGGAGGGGGCCUGAGAGGAGCGCGUGGUCGACAGUCCACGGGGAGAGGCCGCGGGCGUCCGUCCGGAGGCAGAGGAUGUGGACCUUCCGCAGGAAGAGGGAGGCGUUAGUGCCUUUUUUAUUUGUUUUUUUUUUUUUUUUUUUUUUUUUUUUACAGGACGUCGUUUUGACAAGG